AUGCUGAGCUCGGGCAGAACUUCUCGACUAGUGUCCAUAAGCGGGCGGCGUGAUGGUGAGUCGGAGAAAUCUCUGCUGGACACAGCAAACGAAGACGAUGACGGCGAGCUACGUGGUGGUGGCGAUGGCGGCGAUGGCGGUAUAUCUCCAACAAGACGAAUUAUAAUUCUGAUCUCACUGGCUGUGGCAACUAUGAGCAAUGAUUUGUCGUCUAUGCAAUCGUUCUACACCACGGCAGCUCUGGCCAAGAACCCCGGUGCAGGCCCAGGAUAUCACGCAGCUAUUGGCGGCGUGUAUAGCAUUUUGAUGGUGGCUGGAGCCAUCGCUCUUCCGUUCGUUACCAAAGAUCUGCCCAACAUCGGUAGUAAAAAUCUGAUCGUCCUCAGCAACUUCAUCACAGGAUCUUCACUUCUGGUUUUCGCCGGUGUGACUACCAUCAACGACUGGCGAGUGUUCAUUGCAUACUCGUAUUGCUUGCGGGCUCUGAUAGGCGUUGCAUUUACUAUGUCCACGUUUGCAGUGAUGACCUAUCUCAUUGCCAUGUACCCGACGAACCUCGGCUUUGUCAACGCGUUCCAGAUGACGUUUCUCGCCAUUGGCCACGUUAGCGGCGUCUUGAUUGGUGGCGCACUGUACGAUAUCGGCGGCUUCAAAGUACCGUUCCUGUUCGGCGGUGCUGUCAAUGUGCUGGUCAGCGCGAUACUGUUUGUGUCACUUAUUGAUAUCGAUACUGUGCACGCUCGGAACAAGCACAAUUCUAUGGAAGUGAAGGUGGUUGGUGUUGGCUCGAUAGUACGUUCGCCAUGGGUCUGUCUCAUGGUGUUCACCCUGGUCAUGUCGAACCUUGGAAACGCUGGCGUCGACCCUGUUCUCGGCCCACGCAUGCGCAGCACGCUGAAUUCCCCAGCUGUGGUGGCUGGUGCGGUGAUAUCCGUCAAGGCCAUAGGCGCUAGCGUAGCAUCGCCUUUUGUCGGCGCUCUGCUCGACAGAGGAGCCAAUGCUCCGUUACUCAUCAUGCUGGGUAUGCUGUGUGAGACGUUGGGACUUUCCCUUAUCGGUCCAGCUGUGUUUGUGAACGGGACACCGCCACUAUGGCUGUUAUGUGUUGGAGCUUUGCCGCUUAGUCUGAACAACGUCUUGAUGCAAGCAUCUAGUGUAGUAAGCAUGUCACAACAUCUGGAGGGUAUCGGCGUCGGAGAUUCCGUAGAGCUACGCGUCGCAGUAGCUAGUCUAUCGCGCUUUUCUCUGAUUGUCGGCUACGGAAUUGGGCCGGUGACAUUUACGUCAAUGGUGGCUGUCCUUGGCUUUCCUCUGGCCAUGACGGUGAUUGGUCUAGUGUACGCGGGUAUGGCUGUUCUAAUGCUGCCCUUAUCCUGGCUGCAUCAUGUUGCUCUAACGGUUGCACACAAACAAGCUGCCACAGUCAACACUGACUCGGACGAUGAGGACCUGUAG